AUGCUCGUCAUCAUCGUCAUACUUAGUUUCUUCAUCAUCCUCUUCUUCUCUCUGGCCUUCUCAAAGCCCCAGUCCAAUGUGAUAAGCAGCAGUACAAAGCCUGUCGCCAACCUUGGUGAGGAUCAGCUGCUCAGCUGCUAUCUUGACACACAAACUUCCCAAGACAAAGUGACAGUGACCUGGAAGAAGACCGACCUGACCGGCCUGGUUUACUUUUAUCAGAAUGGAGCUCCGGAUCUGACGAAUCAGGCGUCACAGUUCAGUGGGAGAACUCAGCUCUUCCCUCAGGCUGUAGUCACAGGCAAUGCCUCUCUGCUGCUGAGGAAUGUGAGACGCAGUGAUGAGGGGAAGUACACAUGCAGCAUCAGCUCCUCUAAAGGUGGAGGAGAGGUCAGCAUUCAACUCAGAACAGCAGCUUUUUCAGCGCCCACUUUCACCUUCUCAAAUGGCACCCUGUCUGCUGAGGCAGUCAGUUGGUUCCCUAAGCCAAGCGUUUCAUGGUUAAACCAAACUGAGAACAUCCUGAAUGGAAGCUCCACUUUCACAGAAAACUCUGAGGGGAUAUUCAGCAUCUUCAGCACACUGCUGUCGGUCCAAGUCAGUGACACCUACAGCUUCAGGAUUGAAAACAACUUGGUGAUGUCUCUUUCUGAGGCAACUAUAUCAGGCUCGGAUGUUUCAUGGAGGACUUAUUUCACCUUCAGUGCUGCUUCAUUCCGUCCAGUUGGAUCACUUUAUCUCAUUAUUAUGACCAGUUUCCUCUGCAUCUAUUAUGUGACCUUUUGACACACUAUUGUACACAAAAAAACACAACAGAUAUAGACAGAUACUUCCCCUGGCUGCAUAUGUGUGUGCAUGUGCUGCAUUUAAGGUCAGGAUAUGUCCAAAGUAAAGACUGACAUUCACAAAAGUGGUCCUCUUUGAAGAUUGUGUAGCUUUACUUUAAUGUAAUUUAUUACUGCGUGUGUUACAGUUGUGUAGUGCCAUUUAACUCUGUGCUGGAUGUUUUUAAUAGUUUAUCUAUUAACUUUUAAUAUUAUUUUUUACAUCCUCUAAUGCAUUUACAGUGUGUGAACUGAGAGUUCCAUUUAAAUUAUGUCAGUAAAAUUCAGCUAUCUUGACUUUGAAAUUUUACUUUAAUGCAGACAUGUAACAUAAUGAAAUACAGAAAUAUAGAAACAAAACAAGAAAAACAUUGAAACAUUUACAUUUUAGCACAUUUUCUGUGACAGUUUUAAUGUCUAAUUCUAGAAGCACUCACUUUAUUUCUUUAGAAAGCUCUACCUCUAGUUACCUUACACCUUUCAUUUAAAUCUAAAAACUACAGACAGUGUCCAGUAACCAUGGCAGAACUGGUUUCAGGUAAUCUGAACCUUUCAAAUAAACCUUAAACACCUCAGUCUACAGAAAUCUGUAGAUUCCUCUUGGAUUUUGUGCGGAUGAUGUUUGCAGCUGUUUAUUCAUACUCGAUUUAUACUGUUGUUCUAUUUCCAUCAUCUGAUAAUGUUUUUAUAAAUGCUUAUUGCUCUAAUUCCUCUCAACAAAUAUAUUUUCACCCCAAUGAGACUCAGAUUAAUGACGGAAUUUUAAAAAAUUAAAUAAUUAAAGUUUUAUUUUUGAAAAAUGCUUUUUGUGAUGUCAAGGGUGACCGUGUUGCUUUAAAAUGUUUUUUUGUUUUUUUUACUUAAAACCUUUGAAAGUAAAUCCUGGGGAAUUGAUGAUUGUGUCCUCCUGUCUGUAGUGACACUAACUUUGCCUGAUUAGAAGUCUGCAUUUGGGUCCUUUCCACAUCCACAGCACAAAAGCUUUAUCCCUGGUGGUAGGUGUCAGUUUAAUUUCUCUGGUCUGCAGAGGUCCUCCAUCAAAUGUGUUUUCUGCAUCAAUUUAUGAUGAAAAACCUGUUACAUAAAGGAAAACACAAAGCUAAAAAAAUCAGCCAAUAGUUCAACAUAAUGCAGUGAGUCACAUCCCGUAUUGUUUUUCAAGUAUUUGGUAUUGUCAGCUUUUUUCUUUUAGUAUUAUCUUAUUAUUAUAGUAUCAUCUAUGUAUCUGCCUGGUGUCCGGCUGGUUUUGUGCCUUUUGUUACCUGCUUAAAUGUGCAUAUGUCACCUAUUUCCAUUAUUUUAGUUGAGUUAUCUGCUCCUGGAUUUUAUUUCGACUUUACUGUGUUUCAGCAAGAUCUCAUGUGCAAAACUUUUUCACACAUCCACGUUUCACACCGAUUUUUAGGAAUCGCGUACAUCUCCACUAGAUUAUUGAGGCUGACUGAAAAGGAGAAGUGUGAGCAACACUUCCUUAAGAUUAGUUUGUCAUCUAGAAACAGCACUUCGAAACUGGAACAAACUUGGCUCACACAUUGUUCACAAUUUCUCCUCCCUUUUCCUCCUUUGCGUUAAAUGUGGCUUCUUCUUCUUCUUCUUUUCUAAGUAAUUAUGCUUCUUUAAUGUUUUUCUUCGGGUGAACUGAAUCAGUUGUUAGAAACCCUGGUGCCAUGCUGUAAACACAGCCAGCUAUUUUUGGUGUUGAUGCCAUUGUCCCAAAAGGUGAUUUCGUAUGUUCCACAGAUUAUAGGACGACGGGUCAUUUACAACAGUUUGAACCAGCAGUCCCCAACCUUUUUUGCG